ACAACAAAGCUAGAAAUUCAAUAAACGUAGUGAUUAGAUUUGAUGGCCAUUUCUCAAAUAAUAUUGCUAUGUUUUGUUAUUCAUAUUCUUCUUCUCUUUUCACUUUCUUUGGAGACUUCAACAUCACAAAGAAGAGAGGGAAGAGCUCUUGUGAAGUGGAAGAACACCUUAGGAUCCGAUUCUGAUGAUGUUCUUCGUUCAUGGUCCAUUGCUAAUCUCGACAACAUUUGCACGAAUUGGACUGGCAUCGGUUGCAACUAUGAUGGAGCAGUUUACAAGAUAGAAUUGGAUAGUUUUGGCCUCUCAGGUACACUUGAAAGCCUUGAUUUCAAUUGCUUUCCAAAUCUUACCCAUUUUAACCUCCACGAUAACAGCUUCAGUGGAUCAAUUCCAAAUGCUAUUGUUAAUCUUACCCAUCUUGUUUUCUUGGACCUCGGAGAAAACUAUCUGGUUGGUACUAUUCCCAUCCAAAUAAGCCACCUUCACCACCUCACUUCCCUCUACUUAAAUGGCAAUUAUUUCACAGGCCCAAUCCUGGAAUCACUAUUUUCCAAUCACACCAAUUUCAAAAGUGAAGCUAACCUUUCCCAGCUAGUUUUCUUGGAUCUGAGUUGGAACCUUUUUGAAGGUUUUAUACCAGCAGGGAUUGGAAGAUUAACAAAGCUCCAGUUGUUGAACCUUGGAGUUAAUUAUUUUGAUGGUAUUAUUCCCUCCCAAAUAAGCCAACUUCACCACUUGACUUCCCUCUCCUUAGAUAAAAAUUCUUUCAUCGAAGGCCGAUUUCCAGAAGAACUAUUCUCCAACAUGACCAAGCUUCAAACCUUCAGUUGUGGGUGGAAUCUAUUCCAUGGACCAUUUCCAACAAGUUUGAUCAAGCUAUCCAAGCUUACACUUCUUGACCUAAGUGAAAACUAUUUCUAUGGUUCAAUCCCUCCCACAAUUGGAAAUCUAACCUUACUUGAAGCCUUUUCUGUGUUAGGCACUCUAUUGCAUGGGAAUAUUCCUACAACGCUUUGCACUCUUCACUCCCUCGAGGGGCUUGAUUUAUCUGAAAGUUCUUUCAGUGGUGUAAUUCCUCAAUGUCUGGAAAAUUUGACCUUACUAAGAUACCUUUAUCUGGAUUUCAACAUGUUACAUGGAAAUAUUCCAGAAACCUUAUGCAAUCUUCAAAACUCUCUUGAAUUACUAUUUUUAUCCAACAACAGUUUGGGAGGUGCUAUUCCACAAUGCUUGGGAGAAAUGAAAUUUUUGUCAACUUUAGAUGUUUCUAAAAACCAUCUUAGUGGCAUGAUAACUCCACCAACCCUUAACUUGUGCGGUUUGAGUUCCCUGAGAAUUCUUGAUCUAUCAGAUAACAAUUUACACGGCCCGCUACCUUUAUGUUUAGAGAACUUUAGCAAGCAACUUAUAUUUAUAAAUUUAGCUAGAAAUCAAUUUCAGGGAACUAUUCCAGGAGCAUGUACAAAGAGAACCAACUUGUCCUAUUUCAAUUUGAAUGGCAAUCAUUUGGAAGGCAUAUUUCCCCUAGGCUUGGUAAAUUGUACCUCUCUCCAAGUUUUGGAUCUUGGAAACAACAAUUUAAGUGAUUCAUUCCCUCAUUGGUUAGAUACACUUUCUGAUUUACGUGUUCUUGUGCUGAGAUCUAAUCAACUUUUUGGUGAAAUAUAUCCUUCCAACACUACAUUUCCAUUCCCAAAGUUGCAUAUAUUUGAUAUCUCACACAAUAAAUUCACUGGUCCUUUGCCAAGACAUUAUGUGGAGAACCUAGGUGCCAUGCAACAUGGGAAUGACAGUGAAAUAUUGGAUUACUAUGACCGUUCAAUAAGCUUAGUGUGGAAAGGGGAAGAGCGCCAGGUGUUGCAUUAUAAUAUUUCCACACACCUUGAUUUAUCCAACAACUUCUUCCACGGUGAGAUUCCAAAAUCAUUAGGAAGGCUUCAUCUUAUCAGGUUUCUCAAUCUAUCACACAACCAGCUUACAGGUGAUAUUCCAUCGUCACUGGGUAAUUUGACCAUUCUUGAGGUUUUAGAUCUGUCAUCGAACCAGCUAGUGGGUGAGAUUCCUAGACAGCUUUCAGAGUCAUUGACAUUUCUUGCUGUACUCAAUCUUUCUUAUAAUUAUCUUUCUGGUCCUAUACCUCGUGGCACACAAUUUGACACAUUUAGCAACAAUUCCUAUUUGGGAAAUAUAGCUUUGUGUGGUUUCCCCCUAACUUUACAAUGCAAAAACAAAGGUGAAGGGCAAGUGCCGAAUGCGGAGGAUUCACAGCAUUUUGGGAUUGGCUGGCGAAGUGUUGUUGUUGGAUACUUUUGUGGAAUACCCUUUGGUAUUGUUAUAGGACAUCUCAUAUUUAAGUAUGGAAAACCUCGAAGGCUUGUAAAGUUAAUACUUGGAGACUGAAUGUGGAAGUACAAUAAUCAAGAAAGAUCAGUUAGUAGCUGCGAGCUUCAUCCAGAGCACACUGAUCAUGGUUGCAGACUUUCUUGUAUAUUAAAAGAAGGAUUAUAAUUUAGCAAUAUAGUUUCUCUUAUUUUAUGGUUGUAGUUUUUGUUGUGUUUAACUACUGUACUGUUGUCAGUAGUACUCAAAAAAAAAAAAAAAACUACUGUACUGUUGUCAUAUUGUUGUGUGAUUGUAGUGCGUGUACUAUGGUGUUUGGUUUGUAAUUCUUGUCAAUUUGCUUUAACUCUUAUGCGUAAAGAAGCAUAUAAAAGUUAC